CUUCGGACCGGCGUACUUCCUUUAUCUACCGCUGUGAUAUAUAAAAACCCGGCGCGCAGAACGGCAGCCGAAGUCCUCGUAUAGUUUCACUAGUGUAGGCUACUGCUUGAACUGAGCAUCAUCCUCUCUCUCUCUCUAUCCCUCCUGUCUACUAUUCUAACUGGAAGGUUGGAAGAGUGUCGCCUGGCAACGCAGGUACAAGAUACGGCUGAAAAGGAGAAGAUUAAAUCCAGACUUCACAUACAGUAUUUGAGAAAUCUGAAAAAGAAGAAAACAUGAAUGCUCCGCACUUUUCCAUAGACUUGGUGCUGCUGUGCAUAUCUUGCGGAGCAAGUGUAUUGGCAGCCAACUCUCCCACCGUGUCCUCGACGCUGCCAGCCACCAAUUUCACCGACCUUGGCUCAGCGUUCAGCUAUGGAGAAGCAGACAGCAAGAAUAUUAUUCUGACCAGGAAGAAGCGUUAUAUUUCACAAAACGACAUGCUUGUCAUUCUCGAUUAUCACAAUAAAGUAAGAGGGAAAGUUUUCCCUCCGGCGUCCAAUAUGGAGUACAUGACGUGGGACGAGACCCUGUCUAAAUCAGCUGAGGACUGGGCCCAUGCGUGUCUGUGGGAGCACGGACCUCGACACCUCCUCAGGUUCCUGGGCCAGAACCUCUCUGUCAGGACCGGACGCUACCGCUCUAUUCUCCAGUUAGUGAAGCCCUGGCAUGAUGAAGUGAAGGACUAUGUGUUCCCUUACCCCCGGGACUGCAACCCCAGGUGCCCCCUUAAAUGCUACGGACCCAUGUGUACACAUUAUACACAGAUGGUUUGGGCCACAACAAACAAAGUCGGCUGUGCUAUACACACCUGUCACAAUAUGAACGUGUGGGGGAACGUAUGGAAAAGGACAACAUUCUUAGUGUGUAACUAUUCAUCUAAAGGGAACUGGAUCGGAGAGGCACCCUACAAAGUAGGCGUCCCAUGCUCCGCCUGUCCCCCGAGCUACGGAGGCUCCUGUUCCAACAACAUGUGCUUCCCCGUCCUCAACACAAACUAUCUGCAGUGGUUCAAAUAGAGCCAGGAGUCCCUGUCCAGACUAAGGCCUGCGUCCCAAAUCACACCCUAUUCCCUAUUGCCAUUUGGUGCUAACACGCUGACCCCCGACCCCAACACAGAGACUUUCCCCACUGAAGGAUUUGCACAGCAUUCGUGGAAAACACACUUAUUUAAGAUUAAAGCAUACAUUUAUAAUAAUGUGUACAUAGAAUUCAUGUUUUUUAUUUGACACAUUUUCCAGAUUUUUUUUUUUUUAAUGAUUAUCAUAUGAUGAAUUAGAUUGAUUGAUACAGUCGGAUGGUAAUUUGUGUUGUGAAGUAUGUUUCCUGACAGUGUUACAGUAUAAUGGGUUUCCCAUUGGUCAUGUACCCAUAGAAUGUGGACACGCAUGGAUGUGCCUCACGAUGGGUCAAAUGGAUACAAGUUAUUGACAUUUCAACACUACGGUAGCAAGCAAAAAUAGUUUUUAAAAGUGAUUGUUAAGUAACUUUUACAGUUUUUUUUGGCUUGCUUAGCUAAUCAUGUUGGCUAACUGUGGAGAGGAAUAAUUCAUUUAUGUACCGUUAAUUAGGGCUUGAUUCAAUCUGUACCAAUUCUAUGGCAUAAUAGACAUAUAAAGGCAUUUUUUUUAAAACUCGGCAAGUCAGUUAAGAACAAAUUCUUAUUUUCAAUGACGGCCUAGGAAAAGUGGGUUAACUGCCUGUUCAGGGGCAGAACGACAGAUUUGUACCUUGUCCACUCGGAGAUUUGAACUGGCAACCUUCUGGUUAUUAGUCCAACGCUCUAACCACUAGGCUACCCUGCCGCCCCAGAGUGAGUGGAGACCGCGUUCACGGUAAACACUGCAUAUGUUGGCUCAUUCAGAAAUUAUCUCUACAUUUCAAUCGCGAAGUAACUCUGAACUUUAGUGAUUCCGAUUGAAUCGACCCCUUAGCCACCGCAAAUCUCUCUUAGCUAGCAAACGCAACGCUGUGUCCUAAACUGCACAGUGUCUCCAGCGAUGCUUUCUUUUCUGUCUGUUAUAGUGGGCUGCGUUUUAACACACCUUGCAAUGAAUCCCAGCAUGUGUCAAUGGUGCUGAAGGCAUUACACACAAUGUGUAGGUUUUGCCUUGUCAUGGUCAGAAGAACAUGGCCUCAGGUCUCAGACCUCAACUAACAUGAAGCACUCAACCACUAGGCUACCAAGCCACAUAGCAACUGAAGCUAACCCAACAGCCUAUCAAGCCACAUAGCAACUACAGCUAACCCAACAGACUACCAAACCACAUAGCAACCACAGUUAACCCAACAGCCUACCAAACCACAUAGCAACUACAGCUAACCCAACAGCCUACCAAGACACAUAGCAACUACAGCUAACCCAACAGCCUACCAAACCACAUAGCAACUGAAGCUAACCCAACAGCCUACCAAGCCACAUAGCAACUACAGCUAACCCAACAGCCUACCAAGCCACAUAGCAACUACAGCUAACCCAACCAGUAGGUUACCAAGCCACAUAGCAACUACAGCUAACCCAACCAGUAGGUUACCAAACCACAUAGCAACUAUAGCUAACCCAAUAGACUACCAAACCACAUAGCAACUACAGCUAACCCAACAGCCUACCAAACCACAUAGCAACUACAGCUAACCCAACAGCCUACCAAACCACAUAGCAACCACAGUUAACCCAACAGCCUACCAAACCACAUAGCAACUACAGCUAACCCAACAGCCUACCAAACCACAUAGCAACUACAGCUAACCCCACCAGUAGGUUACCAAACCACGUAGGUCAGCCAGUAGACUACCAAACCACAUAGAAACUACAGCUAACUCAACAGCCUACCAAACCACAUAGCAACUACAAUUAACCAGUAGGUUACCAAACCACAAAGCUCAGCCAGUAGACUACAAAACCUCAUAGCUCAGCCAGUAGACUACCAAACCACAUAGCUCAGCCAGUAGACUACCAAACCACAUAGCUCAGCCAGUAGACUACCAAACCACAUAGCUCACUCAGCCAGUAGACUACCAAACCACAUAGCUCAGCCAGUAGACUACCAAACCACAUAGCUCAGCCAGUAGACUACCAAACCACAUAGCUCAGCCAGUAGACUACCAAACCACAUAGCUCAGCCAGUAGACUACCAAACCACAUAGCUCAGCCAGUAGACUACCAAACCACAUAGCUCAGCCAGUAGACUACCAAACCACAUAGCUCACUCAGCCAGUAGACUACCAAACCACAUAGCUCAGCCAGUAGACUACCAAACCACAUAGCUCAGCCAGUAGACUACCAAACCACAUAGCUCAGCCAGUAGACUACCAAACCACAUAGCUCAGCCAGUAGACUACCAAACCACAUAGCUCACUCAGCCAGUAGACUACCAAACCACAUAGCUCAGCCAGUAGACUACCAAACCACAUAGCUCACUCAGCCAGUAGACUACCAAACCACAUAGCUCAGCCAGUAGACUACCAAACCACCUAGCUCAGCCAGUAGACUACCAAACCACAUAGCUCAGCCAGUAGACUACCAAACCACAUAGCUCAGCCAGUAGACUACCAAACCACAUAGCUCAGCCAGUAGACUACCAAACCACAUAGCUCAGCCAGUAGACUACCAAACCACAUAGCUCAGCCAGUAGACUACCAAACCACAUAGCUCACUCAGCCAGUAGACUACCAAACCACAUAGCUCAGCCAGUAGACUACCAAACCACAUAGCUCAGCCAGUAGACUACCAAACCACAUAGCUCACUCAGCCAGUAGACUACCAAACCACAUAGCUCAGCCAGUAGACUACCAAACCACAUAGCUCAGCCAGUAGACUACCAAACCACAUAGCUCAGCCAGUAGACUACCAAACCACAUAGCUCAGCCAGUAGACUACCAAACCACAUAGCUCAGCCAGUAGACUACCAAACCACAUAGCUCAGCCAGUAGACUACCAAACCACAUAGCUCAGCCAGUAGACUACCAAACCACCUAGCUCAGCCAGUAGACUACCAAACCACAUUACAAUUGCAGCAAAUGCAUUUCCAUCCAUAUCCUGAAGCUAAUUGACAAAAGUUGUGUUUCCCACAGGGAGGUCUGUACUUACUGUACUGGAGAGAGUCCACCACAGAAUGGCCUGUAUAUGUGAUGAGCUCUAUUGGGAAUGAUUGGCCUCCUGUUUCUGUGGAUGACACAAGGGCAGGUGUAACACUUGACCAACAUGACAUUGAUGUGACAUUCAGUUCUGGUUGAUGUAGGACAGAUUCAGUACUGGUUGCUAUAGGACAGGUUAGGUACUGGAAGCUGUAGGACAGGUUCAGUACUGGUUGCUAUAGGACAGGUUAGGUACUGGUUGCUAGAGGACAGGUUAGGUACUGGAAGAUGAAGCACAGGUUCAGUACUGGUUGCUAUAGGACAGGUUAGGUACUGGAAGCUGUAGGACAGGUUCAGUACUGGUUGCUAGAGGACAGGUUAGGUACUGGAAGCUGUAGGACAGGUUCAGUACUGGUUGCUAUAGGACAGGUUAGGUACUGGAAGCUGUAGGACAGGUUCAGUACUGGUUGCUAUAGGACAGGUUAGGUACUGGAAGCUGUAGGACAGGUUCAGUACUGGUUGCUAUAGGACAGGUUAGGUACUGGAAGCUGUAGGACAGGUUCAGUACUGGUUGCUAUAGGACAGGUUAGGUACUGGAAGCUGUAGGACAGGUUCAGUACUGGUUGCUAUAGGACAGGUUAGGUACUGGAAGCUGUAGGACAGGUUCAGUGCUGGUUGCUAGAGGACAGGUAAAAUACUGUUUGUGUUGCUUGUUGUUUGUCUGUUAACAUGACUCUGAGCAUACAGAAGGAUCAGUGGAAAGUGUAUACCAUGGGACAGAUACACGGUAUUGCAUUGAAAGGAUCCAGGUAUGUCCUUACAGCAUGUGUUUUGGUCGAUGGCUUUGAUUCUGUUGUAUAAUGUUCACUGAACUGUUUUCUGUUCUUAGAUGGAAAACCACUCCAUAGAACCUCAUACCCAGAAAAUCAAUAUCCUCAUACUACAUUCAUACUGUUGCUAAGUCAUAUUCCAGAAAUAUUUAAUUAAAGGAUGUUUUUUUUAUUUUUUAUUGUUUUGUAAAAUAAACUUUAUAUAAAUGUGGAAUUCUU